AUGAUAUUUUUCAACUGUAUAUUUGCUAAUACAAUCCAGGUAGACCCACUAGGGAUAACCCCGAAUGCGUCCGACUUCAACGUAAUCGAAGUGGACAGCUUUGCUAAUUUGAACAUAGCCGAUUUUAAAAAUAUAGAUAAUGUAUUCAAGAUUAAAGGUGAUCCAUUGGGUACAACCAUUGUGAAUAAACGACGAAUGAAUAUGCUCGAACGAUUUGGAGGUAACGAAUUCAAAAUGAAUGAUUUAAGAGACCAUAUCGAGAAUGAGGACGACGAGUGGAUAGAAAUUAAAUCUUUUGAAGAACCAAUUGUGUCAGUUGGCCCUCGGCUCCCUUUGACAAAUUGUUUGAACCAAAGGUAUGGGGACGGUGGUUCGCUUGAAUUUGGGUUAGGUACUGCGUUUUUGUUGGUAGAAACGGUGGACUCUGAUCGGGUAGUUAACCUCAUUGUUUACUACCAUAAAUUUAAAGAGAAAUUUGAGCUUCAAUGGGCUGUUGCUGUGACUUUGGGGUAUGGGUGUAAUGUCCCCAAAGGUAAAGUGGGACAGAUGUUUAUUACACCUUAUAUGGCCCAGUUUUCAGAUGUGCAAACAAGAACAAUCAAAAUUGUUACUACUAGAGGUUGGUUUCGAAAGAAGAAGAGAAAGUUCAAGAUUGGAAAAUGGAAAGUGGAAAAUCCCGUGAGUUUGUUUGACAUAAGGAAAUCACCCAUUAUUCAAUGUGUAACUGAUGAGAGUUUGUUGGAUUGUCACGGGAAGCUUAAAGGUAAAUUUCGUAUAUUUUAGUAUCUUCAUGAGAUGGUUUGCUCUUUAUUGGCUAUAUAUUGCUUUUUAGAUGUUAUGAAUUUGAAUACCGUGCAUUAUCAAGUACUUUUGAAUUGUAUCGUGUCACGUCUUUGUGGUAAGCCUUAUCUAUUCUCGGGAAUUAGUGGAAGCCAAAAAAAAAAAACAAAAAAAAACGUGUGGUACCCAAAACGCGGGGGAGACCCCCCGAGGGACAGUAAAUACCCACAUGUGAACCAAGAGACAACGUGUUAUCUCUUCCAUACAAGCGAUAUAACUCUCGUAGGUCCAAUUCUUGAUGAAUAUUAAGUUUUCUGUAUUUAUAUAUAAGAGCUUAUAAUAAUGUUGAAACAAAAAAAUAAACUAAAGUGUAGAUAUUCUAAUAAUAGAGAAAGCAAACUUAAUUACUCCCUCUUAAACAAAUAACCAAAUGAAUAUACAACAACACACGGUAGGAUAAAACUAAGUAUUGCAAUAUUAUCGGCCAUCUGUUAUUGUUGUUGUCCCUUCCACUUCUUCUUGUUUUCUGCAUUUCUUUGUUUCUUCUUUUGAACACUUUCAAAUUGCUUGUUCUUAAAGUUUCUACUCUUUGUAUAUUCUUCGUCAGAUUUAAAUGCAUCGUAAGGGGAGCUUGCAAUAUCUUCAAAAUCGUCAUCUUCUUCGGUAGCUAAGGUCUUGAAUUGGUUAGCGUUCACUUUACCUGCACUUGGUUGGUUAGGAACAGGAGCAACCUUAGUCUUUUGUUUCUUAUUUUUGGCCAAUUCGGCAACUUCGGCGUAACUCAACUGCUUAUACAGGAUGUCAAUAAACUCAUCUUCUGCAGUAUGUUCCUUCAUGGAAAUGUUGAUUAAUUUAUUGUCAUUAUUGGAUAUAGUAAAACUUUUAGGAAUUGGGCCAGGUAUUGUGGCUGCAACUGGUUCCUGUUUAGAAGACUUGAACCAUUGAGGGAACAAGUAUGAAGUGAGCUGGGUUUUGAACAUAAUAGAGUGGUCUGAUGUUUAUGUAUGUUAUGAAUGUGGAAACGAAAGAACGUCAAGUCUCUGAUCGUCUAUUUGUGGGUAGCGGCAAAAAAAAACAACUGAUAAGGGAAAAAAGAACACUAGUUAUCUUAGCGUAAUGACACUUGGUAAAUAGCAAAUAAAAGGCUGCUAGCUAGUAUUUUUAAAAAAAAGAACAAGGUUU